GAGCUUGUUGCGUCACGUUUGUGAAGAGCUGCCUCUCUUCUGGACAGCUGCAGUCUGAUUUUUGAAAGCUGCUACUGCAGAGACCACACAGUUGCAUUGCUCAUAUUUCUUUCCUGCAGUACUUUGUACAGCUUAUUCACUUCUGACGUAAUGAGAGCCAAGACGGAAGACAACAAAACUGUCCAUCAUCCAAAAGACUGAACAGACCAAGUAACUCACUGAUGGGUGCCAAAUGCCAUCCCGAUUAUGUUACAGCUUCCCUGUAACUCUUAACUCUUCCAAGUUUUCAUGAACUGUAUUAUGAAUGGUAUCAUUAACAGAUCUUCCCUGCAAACACACCUGUCUUUCAUUGUGUCCAGAAGGGCAAUGAAGCUGGUGAGGGGUCUGGAGAACAAGUCUUACGAGGAGCGGCUGAGGGAGCUGGGAUUGUUCAGCCUGGAGGAGGCUCAGGGGUGACCUUAUCACACUCUACAGCUACCUUAAAGGAGGCUGUAGCGAAGUGGGGGUUGGUCUAUUCUCCCACGUGCCUGGUGACAGGACAAGGGGGAAUGGGCUAAAGCUGUGCCAGGGGAGGUUUAGGUUGGAUAUUAGGAAGAACUUCCUUAUGGAAAGGGUUGUUAGGCAUUGGAAUAGGCUGCCCAGGGAAGUGGUUGAGUCACCAUCCCUGUGGAGGUCUUUAAAAGACGUUUAGAUGUAGAGCUUAGUGAUAUGGUUUAGUGGAGGACUUGUUAGUGUUAGGUCAGAGGUUGGACUAGGUGAUCUUGGAGGUCUCUUCCAACCUAGAUGAUUCUGUGAUUCUGUGUCUCAGCACCCUCCUCUUCAUCUAGGAGACCUGUAUGUUCUGUUAAAGCAGAAAAAUACAGGGAGGGAUAAAUGUUCAGUUAUUUGUGGAAAAGCUCUCUCAGUCCCUCAUCGGUGAGGUGCUGCUGUACCUACCCCAUCUUUACCAGCCUGCUGCCACUCCCGCCCCGCCCCGAGGCGCGGCCGCCAUUUUCUGGGCCGGCCCCCCGUGAUGGCUCCUCCCGCCGCAGAGCCCUCAGCGCCCGGGGUUUGGUGCACGUCUCGCCUUCUAAUUGGACAACGCGCUUGAAGAGACAGCAUCACCGCCCAAUCGCAUUCCAGAGAUGGCGUGUGGGGGCGGGACUUCUCGGCGUGAGGAGGCGGUGCCGGGCGGGCAGCGGCGCAGAGCAGGCCGUUACUAUGGCUGCCGCCGCCACCGCCUCGCCGUCAGACAAGGAGAGAUUUAUCUGCAUUUAUCCAGCAUAUUUAAACAACAAGAAGACAAUAGCAGAAGGAAGAAGGAUACCUAUAGACAAAGCUGUUGAAAAUCCCACAUCCACAGAAAUCCAAGAUGUGUGUGCAGCAGUUGGAUUCAAUGUGCUAUUAGAGAAAAAUAAGAUGUAUCCCAGAGAGUGGAACCGCGAUGUGCAGUACAGGGGUAGAGUACGAAUUCAGCUCAAACAAGAUGAUGGCAACCCAUGUUUACCUCAGUUUCCAACACGUAAAUCAGUGAUGCUAUAUGCAGCAGAAACCAUUCCCAAACUGAAAACGAGAACCCAGAAGAUGGGAGGUAGCGAUCAAAGUCUUCAGCAAGGAGAGGGAGGCAAGAAAGGUAAAGGGAAGAAAAAGAAAUGAUCCCACAUCUGCAGUAAUUGUAAUAUCAUAUAGUUGUGGUUAUGACAGACAUGGAUGUACACGUUACCCUACUGCAACUUUGAAGUGAAAGAUACAGGAAAGAAAGAAACAGGUCAAGCCAAAUUGAACUGCUGGCUUAUUUUGGAACUGGAAUGCAUGUACCUGCUUUGCAUCUGUAACAAUAAAUCUAUCUUCACACACAACCUGCGAGUCUGAAGCUAGCUUCCAGUUUUAAAAGUGGAGCAACAUAAGCAAGUCAUGUGGAGGGGGGAAAUAUUUUUUCCAAAAGAAAUGUGCAGCUUUUUAAAAAAAAAAAUUGUAAAAUCUUAUGCAGACUAGAUAGGCAAAUGUUUUUUCAGUUUGGUUAGCCAUUUAUCUUUGCUAGUCUUGUUUCUGGAAGGUCUGUAUCACCAGCUACAAAAUGUAUGUCAGUGACAUUAUGACUUUGUAAACCUCCUUGCUAAUCAUCUUUCACAAUUGUCAGUAUACUAAUAAAGGUGGCACAUGAAUUUUGAAAA